CUGCAAUAUCGUACUGGCGGUCAUCGUCUGCGCAGGAAUCUUUAUGGCGUGCGUUAUUCUUGGCUUUUGUGCGUUCCUCGCUGCGUCACUGAGUGACUGAAUAUUGCUUAGUUUGAAGUGAUGGUCCGAAGCGACGCUUAUGUAGUCACGGCGUUUCUUUCUUCCCUGCUUUGUUUGCUAUGUGAUCAUAUUUUCAUUGUGUGUCAUUCUCCUUUCGUCAGCUCUCAGAGUUUUCUGGAGGUGGUGAAGAUUAUUGUCCAUCUCCCACCAACCCCAUUUUAUUGUCCUUGUGAUAACGCGGUUCCGUCCUCGCUUUUGGAAGAACGUAAAACGCAUCACUGGGAAUCUUUAGCCUCGUAUGCUAGUAGAUUGGAUACAUGGGCAUAAAUUCCCAGCCAGACUUGGUACUCUUGUCAUGAUACCAAGGCGGGAGAUGUUCGUUAAGGGUUG